CUUCGCCGCUAACAAUUGCCGCACCUCUUUCAUGCAAAACGCAAGUGAGAUUUGAUUUCUUUUUUGUGUCAAUAAUUUUUUUCUUUAAUGGAAGAUCGCAAUGAUGACUCGGUAAAAUUCAAGCUCAACAGACCGGAAUGCAGGCUUCUCUUCUUGAGAACUUUGCAUGUCGACCACCCCGCUGAACUGAGCGAUCUUUUUCAUUAAUUAUCUUUGUUUUUUGGUUUAGUAUUUCCGAAAUUCUUCAAAAUUCUUAAUUUUUUCUGUUUUAAUUCUUUUAUUUAUGGGGUAAGGAUUACGAUGAGGAUUCACAGCUCCCUCUUCUGAAUUUUAAAGUUGAGGAGAAGCGCUGGCAGAAUCGAACCUAUGACUUUUAGCCAACACUGAAGCAGCCAUGCCUAUAGCAGAUUAUCAAGGCUUCAUCAUACUUUCCCUCGUUGGGCUAGUCUCCAUGGUUCUUGUCAAAGCAACAAUGAGAAAAACCAAGAGUGCCAAUCGUCUUCCGCCAAGCCCACUGGCAUUACCGGUCAUUGGACAUCUCCACCUUCUUGGUCCAAUACCUCACCAAGCAUUUCACAAGCUGUCAUCUGCCUAUGGACCAUUAAUUCAUCUUUUCCUUGGCUCCGUCCCUUGUGUGGUUGCCUCCUCCCCAGAAAUAGCUGAAGAGUUCCUCAAAACCCAUGAGUUUUCUUUCCUUGACCGUCCCCGCAUAACUGCUGUUGACUAUCUCACGUAUGGAUCAGCUGAUUUCUCUUUUACUCCUUACGGACCCUACUGGAAGUUCAUGAAGAAAGUAUGCAUGACUGAGCUUCUCAGUGGCCCGACUCUGAACCGAUUUCUUCCAGUCAGGUCUGAAGAGAUAACGCAGUUUUUACGGUUGAUGCUGAAUAAAGCAAACGCAAAGGAGGCAGUUGAUGUUGGACGAGAGCUUAUAGGGAUGACAAAUCACGUAAUAUCAAGAAUGACUAUGAGCCAAAGAGCUUCCACUAAUGAAGAAGAAGCCGAUGAGAUAAGGAAGUUGGUGCAUGAUGUUGCUGAGCUUACCGGGAAGUUUAAUUUGCAGGAUUUUAUUUGGUUCUGCAAGAACUUAGAUUUGCAGGGAUUUGGGAAAAAGUUGAAGGAAGUUCGUGACAAAUUUGACAAGAUGAUGGAGAGAAUUAUUAAGGAGCAUGAAGAGGCAAGGAAGAUAAAUAAGAAAACAGGCAGAGACAAGGCACCAAAGGAUUUACUUGAUAUUCUACUGGACAUAUCAGAAGAUGAGAGCUCAGAAAUGAAGUUGACCAGAGAAAACAUCAAGUCCUUCAUCCUGGAUAUUUUUGCAGCUGGAACUGAUACAUCCGCCAUUACUGUUGAAUGGGCUCUGGCAGAACUAAUCAAUCACUCAGGGAUAAUGAAAAAAGCGAGAGAAGAGAUUGAUUCUGUAGUAGGAAAGAGCAGACUGGUAGAAGAAUCUGACAUCCCCAACCUUCCCUACCUCCAAGCUAUAGUAAAGGAAACACUAAGGCUUCACCCCACUGGGCCAAUGAUCGUGAGAGAGUCAACCAAAAACUCCAUCAUAAAUGGUUACGAUAUUCCAGCAGGAACAAGACUCUUUGUUAACGUAUGGGCUAUCGGUAGAGACCCAAACCACUGGGAGAACCCACUUGAAUUCCGCCCGGAAAGGUUUAUAGUAGAAAAUGGAAAGAACCAGUUGGAUGUUCGAGGACAGCAUUUUCAUCUGUUGCCUUUUGGAAGUGGACGAAGAUCAUGCCCCGGAACCUCACUGGCAUUGUAUAUGGUUCAGGCAACUCUUUCGGCUAUGAUUCAGUGCUUUGAUUGGAAGCUUUUGGGAGGAGGUGUAAUUGUUGACAUGGAAGAAGGACCUGGAUUAACUCUUCCAAGAGCUCAUCCUUUAAUUUGUGUCCCAGUUACUAGGCUUAAGCCAUUUCCACUGCUCUGAUUAUUCACGUAAGAAUUAGAAACGAGACUUACUCAGCCUUUGUAAUUGUGUGGUUCUUUAUGCAACUCAUGAUGAAAGAAAACAUACUACACUGGAGAUGAUUUUUAUCUUUGUUGAUGUAAGAAUUACUUUUGUUUAUGAAGUUAAUACAUAUGAUUGCUUUUGGACUA